GAGUUGCCACCGACGCAGCGGAGAUGCACAGACCCCGCCGCCCUCGAGGAGGCCACCGCCCCCCUCUUCAGGCUCGCGCCACAGCCUGCGGGCGAGGCCGCCCCAGCGGGCGCGCCCCCCGAGGGGGCCCUGCCGCGGCGGAGCUCUGCGGCGGCCAAGGAGAGCUGCCUUCCCCAGAAGGCCUACGCAGGGUGCCUCGGCUGCUGUGCGCUCUUCUGCCCCUGA